CCGGGGGAGGAGCAAGGCGGCGCGCUCGCCAUGGAGGUCAGUAGGGCAGAGCUCGCUGCGGGGAGCACAGGCUGCGGUCCUUCAUAAGAAGGUCAGAGAGAUUGGGGGAGGAGAGGGAUUGCGUGGUCACCGUGAAGAUAAGGUUGUGGGACCCAGCAACGACCGAUAAUCAGCGCGUAAUCGGGCGACAGAUCUCAAGCGUUUUCCCAAGAAAAAGCCCUCCUCAGGCGGAAUCUGGGCUGACCGAUCUACUGCCAAGCAAAUAACGCAGUUUCUGUUUGUUGGUUCAUGGUUCUGCCCUAGAUAUACGGAAGUUCAAAACCCGAGUGUCCAGAAAAUACUCAACACGAAGACGAUAGAGAUCGAGAAGACAAGACGAUGGCGACUUCCAUCACCGCGAACUUCGGCGACGGCAACUACAUGGUGGCGUUCGACGAGGACGACAUCUUCACGACCUACACGGCGUCCGGGGACACCGUCAACAACUGGCUCAGCCUCAUCUACCGCAUCCACCGCCGCCGCCUCGACCGCCUCAUCGUCGGCCUUGACGUGGAGUGGCGGCCCUCCUUCACGCGCGGCGUCCCCCGUGGCCGCGUCGCGCUGCUGCAGAUCUGCGUCGGCCGCCGCUGCCUCGUCUUCCAGAUCCUCCGCGCCGACUACAUACCGGACACCCUCCACGACUUCCUGGAGGACGACCGGUUCACCUUCGUCGGCGUCGGGAUCCACGGCGACGUGGGCAAGCUGAGGCACGAGUACGGCCUUGAGGUGGGGAGCUGGCAGGACCUGCGGUACCUCGCGGCGGAGAAGCUGGGGAAGCCGGCGCUGCAGAGCGCCGGGCUGCAGACCCUGGUGUGGGAGGUGAUGGACGUCUGGCCGGAGAAGCCGCACCACGUGCGCGUUAGUGACUGGGACGCGCCGCGGCUGACGGCGGAGCAGCUGAUGUACGCGUGCGCCGACGCUUUCAUGUCGUUCGAGGUCGGCCGGAGGCUCUACGAUGACGACUACUAGGGAGAGGCGUCCAGGUUUUCUUGAUCGUUUCAUGUGUUUCUUUUUUCGCCUGAGUUUGCUGGAUUGAUUAUCAUACAUUUAUAUGCAAUGUGAAAUUGUAUGUGCUUCAGUGGUGCACAUGGGUGUUUUGUUUAUGUAAUGAUAGAAGGAAAAAUCUA